AAGAAGAAAAAAAAUGGGGAAAUAAUACAAUCGUACACCUCCCGAGCUCAGAGAAACAAACGCUUCCUUAACCUUUCUCUUUCUCUCUCGCUAUCUGCAUCACAAAGCUCCCUGCUUUACAACUUUCCCCACUUCCAGACACACACAUCAUCACGACCUCGCGACCCAUUGAGCUUCUCUUUCUCUAUCUAAAGCUCUGAUCUUUUGGGCCGUGCUUUUUUCGGGUGUCGGGUCAAUGGCUGAUUGUGCCGGCGAGCAGUAAUGAAGGUGACCACCGGGAAACAGCAUUCGUCGACGGCGGUAGUGGGGGCUUCGAUUCUUAACUCCAAGGGGUUUAAUCAGAACCCGCAUCAGCAAAUCCCCGAUUCAGAUCUCGUCAGGCCGACACGGCGCAGGACCCGGGGCCUGACCCGGUUGAAGCGGGUCGCCCCUUCGGUCGGGCGGCGGAGCCGACCCGAGACGCCCCUGUUGAAAUGGAAGGUUGAGGAGAGCGGAGCGAGGAAUGGUGGGGGUAAGGAGGGUGGAGAUGAUGAUGCUGCGGAUGAGGAUGAGGAGAAGCAGGGGAAUGGUAAAGAGGAGGGUAGGAGAGGGAGGAGCAAGAGAAGCAGUGGGAGCUCUGUUUCUGCCAGGAAGCUAGCUGCUGGGUUGUGGAGGUUGCAGUCGCCGGAGAAGGCGGUCGGCGGUGGUGGGGAGCGGAGGAGGAGGGUUGGGUUGGGGUUUCAGCCAGGGGCUGCUCAUCCUGGUGUGGUACCCCAUCGAACUGAGAAAGUUUAUGGUUCUGAGUUCAAGGAUCCAUUGCAUAGCCCUACUUCCGGCUCUGCUAUGAAGAACCGGUUCUUGUGUAAGCUUGAACCUUCUUUCCAGUUCUCCAACUCUGCAAUGGAGGGAAAAACCAAGUGGGAUCCAGUCUGCUUCGAAACACCAGAUGAGGUACGCCAGAUCUACAGCCACAUGAAACGUCUUGAUCAACAAGUUAGCGCUGUCUCAAUGGUUUCCGCCCUCGAAUCCGAGCUCGAGCAGGCUCGAACACGCAUCCAUGAACUGGAAACUGAACGACGGUCCUCGAAAAAGAAACUUGAGCACUUCCUAAAGAAAGUCAGUGAGGAAAGAGCUGCAUGGAGGAGCAGAGAGCACGAGAAAAUCCGUGCAUUCAUCGAUGACAUCAAGUCAGACCUAAGCCGCGAGAGGAAAAACAGGCAGAGAUUGGAGAUUCUUAACUCGAAGCUGGUUAACGAGCUGGCUGAUGCAAAGGUAUCCGGGAAGCGACUGAUGCAGGACUACGAAAAGGAAAGAAAGGGUCGGGAGUUAAUCGAGGAAGUGUGCGAUGAGCUCGCUAAAGAAAUUGGGGAUGACAAAGCUGAAAUUGAAGCAAUAAAGAGGGAUUCAAUGAAGCUGCGUGAAGAAGUUGACGAUGAGAGGAAGAUGCUGCAGAUGGCCGAGGUUUGGCGUGAAGAACGCGUUCAGAUGAAGCUGGUUGAUGCCAAAGUGGCUCUCGAGGAGAAGUAUUCUCAGAUGAAUAAGCUUGUAGCAGAUUUGGAAAGCUUUUUAAGAUCGAGAGGUGCUGCAAUUUCAGAAGUUAGACAAGUGGAGUCUUUAAUGCAGGCUGCAGCCGCCAUUAAUAUCGAAGUGGUGAAGGAAUUCACAUAUGAGCCCUCUAACCCAGACGAUAUAUUUGCUGUUCUUGAGGAAGUUAAUUCUGGUGAGCCAAAUGAUGAGAGAGACAUUGAGCACUGUUCGACUGCUUUCAGUCCUGCUAGUCAUUGCAAUGGCUAUGUGAUUAAUCAGAAUGAGGAGAUAGAAGAAGAUGAAAGCGGGUGGGAGACGGUGAGCCAUCUCGAGGAUCAAGGCUCGAGUUUCUCCCCCGAUGGAAGUGUUCCAUCUGUCAAUAAGAUUCACAGGGAUAGUAAUGUGUCAGGGAGCGGUACAGAAUGGGAAGAAGACAACAUCUGCAAGGAUGCCCAUAUUGCAGAAGAAAUCAGUGAGAUUUGUUCUUUGCCGAACAAUAGGCAGGCGAAAAAGGUAUCUGCAAUUGCAAGGCUGUGGAAGUCUGGCAGUAAUGGGGAGAACUACAAGAUCAUAUCAGUUGAUGGAAUGAAUGGUAGGUUCUCCAAUGGAAGGAAAUCAAGUGCAGGGAUGGUAUCGCCAGAUAGGGGUUCGGGCAAAGAUGGAGGAGGAAGUUUUAGCCCUUCUGAUUUUGUAGGUCAGUGGAGUUCAUCACCCGAGUCGGGGAACCCCCACAUAACUAGAGGAAUGAAAGGAUGUAUCGAAUGGCCGCGAGGCACCUUGCAGAAGCACAGUUUAAAGUCGAAGCUUUUGGAAGGAAGGAUGCAGAGCCAGAAACUCCAACUGCGCCAUGUACUGAAGCAGAAGAUCUAGAGGUUAGGAGAUGCCCCCCCCCCCCCCCCCCCCCAAAGAAAAGAAAGCACUUGCUUGAUCAUGUACCAAUUUCUGUAACUGUAAGAGCCUUAUUGAUCGAAAUAGUUCAGAGUUUAUAUCUUUAUGGGCGUAUAGAGCCCUUGUUGUUGAUCAGUUUGUUGUAUAUGCCCAAGGGGAUAAAAAUUCAGCUUCAUUUUCAUCUUGGACCAAGGUUUCUUUUGGUAUACAACUGGAAUUUCGUAUUUGCUUUCUGGAAAAUA